ACAGAAACACACUGAUGUUCGAUCGACGUACCAAUUCAUUUUGCGUGAUAAGACAUAAUCAAUUCGAAACUACUGUAAUCCGGUCCUAUCGCCAAUCCGAUCAUGACCGAUGAUGUGAAAAGGUUUUUCCUCACAAUCCUGAAACGAGUCACUGGUCUCAAUUGCAUCAUAAUCACGGACCGAGAUGGAGUGCCGCUAAUGCGGGUUGGUGACGAUAAAUCGGUUGGAAUGAUAAUGCGACCGGCGUUUCACACUACCUUCGCAAUGGCAACGGAGCAAUCGAACAAACUGGGGCUGGGACGAAACCGGAACAUUAUCUCUAUCUACACCGGUUACCAAGUGGUGCAGAUGAACAAGUUGCCGCUCUUAGUAACCUUCAUAGGCACUGAAAGUUGCAAUAUCGGCCAUAUUCUUGCCCUCGAUCAGCAGGUCGAGACCAUGCUGGACGAGGUAAAAGCUGCCGUUACUGAAACGUGAGACGGAACAUGUGAUUACUUUGCGAGUUAAUAAAUGCUAAAUGAAAAAUAAAACAUAUGUUGCAAACUUGCAUGGUCACC